CGCCAUGGAAACUGUAGGAUUCAUCGGCCUGGGCAACAUGGGCGGCGGCAUGUCCGCCAACAUUCAGCGGGCCGGCUACCCCAUGAUCGUCUACGACCUGCGCGAGGAGGCUGCCCUGCCAUUGCUGGAAGGCGGUGCCCGCCUGGCCAACACUCCCGCUGAGGUCGCCGCAGCCAGCGACGUGACCUUCACUUCACUGCCCGGUCCCUACGAGGUGGACGCGGUGGCGACAGGUGCCGAGGGCGUGCUGGAGGGUAUCCAGCCGGGCGGCGUCUACAUCGACCUGUCCUCGAGCCGUCCCACGCUGAUCCGAGAGAUUGAGCCGAAGUUUCGCGCCAAGGGUUGCCACGUCCUGGACGCGCCGGUGAGCGGAGGCAAGACGGGGGCGGCGUCGGGGAACCUGGCGGUGAUGGUGGGUGGAGACCGCGAGGUGUUCGACCGGGUGAAGCCGAUCCUGGACGCCUUUGGCGACAAGGUGUUUCUAUGCCGGUGA